CUAGUUUUCAUCUCCACUGCGCAAAAUCCCUUCUUUGCUCGAUUACAGAUGGCAAGCGACAGCGAAACAGAGAAGUCGGCACAGAAGGAGAAGGAGAAGAAGAAGUUGUUGGCUUUGGCCCCCAUUGCGAAACCGCUCGCCGGCAAGAAGCUCUGCAAACGCACAUUCAAGCUUGUUCGACGAGCUGCAGAGCAAAAAUGCCUGAAGAGAGGAGUGAAGGAGGUUGUCAAAAGCAUUCGCCGCGGUAACAAAGGAUUGUGUAUUAUAGCUGGGAAUAUAUCUCCUAUUGAUGUCAUCACUCAUGUUCCAAUCUUAUGUGAAGAAGCUGAAAUUCCUUAUAUAUAUGUGCCAGCAAAAGAAGAUCUUGCAAAUGCAGCCACUACCAAGAGGCCAACAUGCUGUGUUCUAGUGCUAACCAAACCAACCAAGGGGGAGCUGGGCCAGGAGGAACAAGAAAAGCUGAAGGGGGAUUAUGAUCAAGUUGUAAAAGAAGUUUCUGAUCUCACUUCCUCUAUGUACUAGAUUUUGACACAAACUGAGUAUUGCAGUUCUCAUUCAGUAAUGUAUUUCUGAUUUUGCCGGA